AAACAUUCAGAAAUAUUUCCUAGUAACCCAAUGCUCAUGUGUAUAUGCGGUAGUUUCGGUUCUGGGAAAACUCAUCUCACUUUUAACAUGUUGACAACACCAAACCUUUUAGAUUUCGAUUCACUGUAUAUCUACACAACAACACCAGAGCAAUGGUAUUAUCAAUUUCUCAAAGCUUUAGAAUAUUUACCAAAGAAAGAUGUUCAAGACAUAUUUCAAUAUUAUGAAGAAAACGAAGAAGAAAAUCCAUCUUUCAAUCCAACGGAUAUAAAAGUUUUUCUUACGAAAAAUGUUAAUGAUCUAGACUUGUCUAAUAUUGAUAGUAAUCGAAAGAACUUAAUAUUGUUUGACGACUGCGUAUCGCAAAGAAAUCAAGCUGUUCAACAAGAAUUCUUCAUGAAAGGAAGACAUCACAACUGUCACUGCAUAUACCAAUCCCAAUCUUUUUACGGGAUGGAUUCUAUGUUCAUUAGAAAAAAUGCAAAUUGUUUUUUAUUAUUUGAAUUAAACGAUAAAGAUUUAUCUCAAAUCAUUCAGUCGAUAAUUCACGGAAUGGACAGAGAUACAUUUAAAAAGGUUUGA